GGUGACCUCUCGUUGACCACUGUUGUUAAAUUACAUUGUAUUGUAUGUCGCUGCGAUUGCGGAAUAAUUACAACUCCUGAAUCUUAGAUCACCUACUCGCCUAUCUUGCUGUUUAGCGAACGCUUGCUAAAAUAUUACACGUAGUAGAAGCGAAAGACCAACAAUGGCUAGUGAAGACUGCAUCCAGGUGAGUAACAACAAUGAUGUUUUGUGCUUUUAAUUAGGUGAUUUAUUUUGCGACGGAACGCUUUAACGUAAGCCCAGACUUUAGCCACUACAAUUCCAUCGAAAGCGCUUCCAGUUUACAAUUAAUGCUGUGCACUGCGGUAAAUCAAAAUCUGCAAAAGCCCGUGCGACUAAAUUAAUAUAACUUAUCGAAAUGACUUGACGAUUGAAUGGUACAUGGAAAAUAUAAGGUAUAUUAAAGAAGACAGCUUCCCUGUGGCUUGCACGCUUCAGUGAUGAAUAAAGGUCAUAUUAAUCAUUCUAGGUUCCAGUAAAAGGAUUAACUCCAUUGCCAAAGACUGACUGAUCUUGGAAACUUAACCUUUCUUUUCAUGCUUUGCUAGCUGUAAAAUCAGUUGUCUGGUGUCGUUAAAAUGUUGUAAAAUUUUAAAAUUUUCUUCCUCUUUCUAGCUGUUACUUUAACCCUUUUGUGUUAUGAUAUUAUUUAUGAAUGCACCAUAUUGCCGCCUCAAAGGUAGCGACUAACUCCAUGUCUUAUUAAAAAACGGCUACCUAUCCAUCGGAAAACCUUUAUACCAACCUUGUGAAAGCCACUAACCCAAAUACUUUAUAAUGGCUACUUUGGAUCGGAAUAUCCAGCAAUCAAAUACCGGUUAGAUCGGGUUUCAAUACGCACACUCCUUCAAGCAAGUCUAAUGCUCACGUUGUGUUACAUGGAAAAGGCAAUAUUUGCGCUUUGCCCGAUUAUUCCAAAAAAUAAAAUAAAAAAUCGAUAGACUUUUUUGCCUUAAAAUUCUUGACACCAUCUGUUGGGGCAGGAACGUGUGACAAAGCUCUAACACCGUCUGCGUGGAAGGCAAAGACCAGAAGGACGUUUUCAAUGCAGAACUGUAUAAUAGCAAUAGGAGGUCUUCCGUAAACAGCUUUAGCUAUGAAUGAUCUUUUUCAAAAGAGUUAGCAGUCUAUCUCUGUCCUUUUGUCCUUCGGCAGGAGCCUUUCUUAAGAUUUCCUGAGAUUUCGCAGAUUUUUCACGUAAAUGUGUUAGUGGAGUCAGGUUUUGUGUCAUGUACUGCAACUUAUUCUUAUUAAAAUGUGAUCAUCCGCACAUUUUGGGGAUCUUUUUCAUCAAACUUUCUGGAUAAUGACCCUAUAUCCGGAACACUUUUGUACGUUACAAAAAAGGCCUUUCGCUGGAUCACACGUAAUAAACUUUCAGACUGGCAAUUCAUUUCUAAGAAAUCAUUUUAUCAGGGACAAUAAAGGAUAUAGAAAACUCUCUGGUCAAUCUAAAGAGACAUACCCUGCGAUCAGGGGCUUAUGGUAUUGCCGGCAUGGCUUUAGCAGUUAGGAAGUCCUUGUCGUCGCUGUCAGUCGCGUAGUGUUUUGUUGAAGCCUUCCCUCCUCCGUCCAAGAUGAAGUUUUCUCUCCAUCAUCCCCUCCAAGCAAUGUUGUGCCGCUGUUCAAACUACCUGUAGAAAACACAGGCGGCCCAAGUUCAAUAUAAGAGUACGUACGGUUGCGUUAUUUUCAAAAUGGCCGUCAACAUAAAGGAUUUGUAUGGGAAUUCAGGCAAUAGAUUCUACAAAUAAAUACUCGCAGUUAUUUUCAAUGAAAUACGCUUUAACUUAUUUACCUGGUGUGUUCCUGCUUCCUGUGUGGUUAUUUUCUCGAUCGGUAGCGAUUUAUGCGAUUUCCUUUAUCCCGAGUUUCCACUAGAGGAAAUAGCUUAAAUCGCAACGGAUCGGGAAAAUAACCACACAGGAAGCAGGAACACACCAAGUAAAUAAGUACUGUCAUUUGUUGUGGCUAAGAAGAUCGAUUUCAAACUCUUCGAUUUGACUGCUAUAAUUGUUCUCUGUUCCACAGGAGGAAACAAAUACAAGGCGUAAAAACGCCUUGGGACUUUCUUAUGUCAUUGAUGAAUGCCCACCAUGGUAUCUCAGUAUUGUCCUCGGAUUUCAGGUAACCUCGCCCGUACAUAAGCACCUAAAACCAAUCGAGACACGACACAUCACCACGUCAUGGCCAUAUCUUACGCAUGCGCACAGCCAUACGACCAUCCCUUCUCGUUCCCAAACCCCUUGUUGCCUUAAUCUGGUAAGGAGCCGUUCCUUAUCUCGUGAAGCGGGCAAGAGACCGUUGAUGCUGAUCAAAAGGAUCGCAACAUCUGGGAUCGAGAUAAGAGAUGUGUCGUAUCUCCGUCCGUCUCCAGAAUCUUGCCGCCUUGACAACGGCGUGCAUGAGUCCACACCGAGUAAAAUUACAAAAACAUACAGAAGUUUUAUUUAUCUGUUUUGCUAAGGUUUUUCUUCGA